UCGUGGUGAGGGGAGGAUGUGACUUGCUAAGCUCCACGCUCCCUCGCUCUCUCACUCCACGCUCCCUUCUCUUACCAUCCACAGUGGAGCAUUUUAGUCUGUCCUCGUGACUACUCGCCAGAACUCUGUAUUGACAUCUCACGCCGGUAGCAGCAGGAGGAGACACGUCAGGAAGAAUACGUCUCCUGUCUCAUCAUUCAAAUCAUGGUCCUUCAAAUAAUCGUCGGAGGGGGUAGGGAAGCUUUGGCAAUGACUAUACGAUACUUUUAAUGCACUCUGAGAUGCGAUCAUUAAUUCAUCAUUGAACGAUGUAUUCUGCAUCGAUGGAUAACACUUAAACCGUAGAUCUACAUUACAAGUGGCACGAUCUGAGCUUGUUAUCAUUACAUUGACAAAGUUGGAUAAAAGUUAAUAUUGUAAUAGAAACUAUAUCUGUAUGACUGUGGAUACAUAAAUGUGUUGCGGUAUACAGUAUAGAAAUAUGUGUAUGUAUACAUGAACAGUCUUAUACAACUGAUGUAUUGAUGAAAAUCUAGUGACUACAGCUGCGUAUUAAAAUGGCAGGUGUUUUACAGGUAAUUAAGUGAACAGUUAAUAAAAUAAUGGAGGAAGAAAAGACCUAAACCAUAUUUUCACUAAGAUGUGUUAAAUUAUUUCACAUCGAGUUAAAAAAAUAAAUAAAAACAUUGAUAGAAAAAAAAUGCUGGAAUUUUUGGCACUAAAGAACAAUACGAUGGAGGUGUGUGUUGGUCACCUGACAAACAUUCAUUAACAUGUCGGGAAUAACUUUCGAGAACGUUGUAUGGUGCCUGAACAACACCUGAAGAAGAAGGAGGAGAUAAUAAUGUGUUACCGAAACCAAUUUUGUGCUGUUCUUAUUGACCGAGAGUUAUGUUGUUGUCUGAAAAGUUUCCAAUGCCAGAAAUUUAUUAGAAAAACCCAAAAGUCACCUGAAGAUACCUAUUAAUUUACAGUCAGUGGAGUGGAAUCAUAAACGGUGCUUAAUAUGAAUUAUUUUUCAAGUUGAUACCAUAACCUGGACAAGAUGGCAGCUUAUUGAUAAUUCUAUACUUUACUCACCCAACCACUGACUUACAUACACCAACAAGACGGUUUUUAAUUAUUUUAGUAACUUAUUAUUAGAAAAACCAGAAAAUUGGAAUUGUUAACCAUAGAAAAGUUGUUCAGUGAAUUGAUAUUUAAACCUCAGUUAAGUAAUUCCAGCAAGUGAUGUCAGUGUUGAAAGUCAGUGCGGUGGAUUGCUACUGAGUCAGUCAGUUAAGUGGUUAUCAUCACGUAUUACUGACCGGCGUGACACUCACUCACUCAGUCAACUGGUGAAUGACGCGUGUGGGAUACCUCUAAGAAAAACACCUUACUGAGAUACUUUUCACUCAGUUAAAAGACAAUUAGACCAUAAAGGUGCAUGGUCUGAUUCUGUGUGUGAAUGAGGUGACCUUCAGAUUGCGAGGAGCAACAUUCAAACAACUGAUUGAUCUACUUGAAAAUUACAUCUCUUGGUGUACUGAGUGAAGUGGCAUUUCUUCCAAUUGUAUUUUAAUGACAAGACAAACCUAAAUUACUGACAAUCGUACCUGCCAGAGGGAAUUAGUUAAAUAUUCCAAAUUUUAUCUAUGACCUGGGAGUUAACUUACUGAAGUGACUCCUAGCUAUAAAAAAAAUCAAAACAAAAACAGCAUAUUGAGUAUUAUAAAUAUUCUAGGACCAAAUAACAGCUGAGUAGAAUAAUACAGUCGAGUGAAUUAAAAAAAAAAAGAUCAAGAACGAAGUAUAAUUGAUGUGUCUCGAUAAUUGACUAAAUAUUGAUGUUUUGUGUUAUAAACUGAGACCCACGACACCAUCAAUAACACCCAGGUGGACAUUAGUGAGACUUAAAAAGAGUGACAGAUUUACGUUAGCACAGGGGAGAAAGCGUGUCACCAUGGCUCAGUGUUUUGUCUACUUACUGCUUCUGCUGCUGGCUGUCUAUUGUAGCUCUGCUGCUAAACCUAAGAUGAGAGGAGGAUUGGAAAACAGUCCGCUGACGGAGGUGAAGGCGCUGGAAGUAGGUCGUGCGUUGCUGCCGUGUGAGGUGACUCCUCCUAUACCCAAUGACGAGACCAUCCUCGUCCUCUUCUACAGGGGCUCCCAUAGCACCCCUAUAUACAGUAUUGACGGGAGGAACGGGCCAGUGCGUACAGCUCAGCACUGGACAGACAAAGACGUACUGGGAGGUCGCGCCUACUUUGACCUCUCCUCGCGACCUCCAGGGCUAGUACUCAACCCUCUCAAACCCUCCGAUCAGGGAGAGUACCGCUGUAGAGUCGACUUCAGGUCCUCCCCCACCAGGAACGUCAGGGUCAACCUCAAAGUCGUAGUGCUGCCGAAGAAGAUCCGGGUAGUGAGCGAAGCGGGUCUGGAGGUGAGCGGUGUCAUUGGUCCUUACCCCGUCGGCUCCUCUGUCACCCUACACUGCAAGGUGGAGAAUGGUCGCCCUACG